ACACCGGUGUCUUAGUACCAUAACAGUGAAGACUGGGAUCUGUGUUGUACAAGUAGUUUUCCUUUAUGAUAUUUCAGUUCGCUUUUUGAUCUCUGGAUCAAAUAUUUGUGAGCGCAAUGGGCACACUUACAAACUUUCUCCUCUUCAGCUUUGUCGUGGGUACUGCUCAGAGUAUGGUGACUUUAGGGCUGGACAAUCCAUACGUGAGGGUGGAGGUUCAUCACCGAGUUGUGCUGAAGUGCUGUUAUACUUCAACGGGUCAAGUGGGACACACUUGGAUCCAACGCACUCCCAAGGCUGUCAAAAAUGUGACUGAUUCACACCAUGUGGCUAUCAAAAACCGAACCACUACCGAUCAAUGUGGCUACAUAACCUUUGAGCGAGUCCAGCUGGAAGACUCUGGGCUGUACCAGUGUGUUCUGGGGAAGGGUGGUAUCCUAUCCCAUGGCACCUACCUGCAGGUCUUCAAGUACCUGGAGAAGACAAUAAACAUAGAGGAGAGCACCAAAAACAAGAUCCUGAUGGCUGAGGGAGUCUUACUACUCCUCUGUGUGCUUGUGCCGUCUUGCACCCUUCUCUUCAAGUCAAAGAGCCUGAACCAACUGGAGAAGAAGAAAGCGAAGAAGGAAGAGGAAAACAUAUACCAGGGGCUGAAUCUGGAUGAGUGUUGGUCCACAUAUGAUCAGAUCGAGCGGUCCCAGGCACAUGGCCCGUACCAGGAUGUGGGCAACGUUAAGGAGGAAGAGGAGCAAAUCCAGCUGGAGAAACCCUGAAGAAAAUUGGAGAGAAUGAGAAAGGGGAAGGAGAAAGAGAGAGUGUUUUGAGUGUAUUUUGAGAGCUGACGUCUAUCUGUGUGAUAUCUGAAUAGCAGGUUCAUUCUUCACUGCGCAGUUUUGUACAUAGCCUGCAGGUACAGUUUCAGCAUCUGAUAACAUAUUGAUCAAACAGCUUGUUUAAUUUCAGACUGAGCACUGUUUUUUGACCUUGGAAACAGCAGUUGACGGAGCAAUCUCAACACUGGGUCCCCGCAGUCAGGGCCAUAGCCAGGAUUAUAGAAAUAUUAAGAGCAGAAGUCCAAGAUAAUUUUGAAGAGACAUACAGCCUUAUGUUAAGUGUGUUGUCUACUCAAAAUUGUACCAUUUUAAAGAGUCUAUAGAAAAUAAUCAUGUCUGUCUUUUUAUGAGUAUAACCUAAAAUGAUUAAUUAGAAACUACCCUUCGUGAGCCCAAAUUCCUCAACAGAACAAAACAAAACAGAGAAACGAUAGAGAACAUGUCUCCUGUGUCCUCAAACAGUAGCUGCAGCCCUGCACUCACUACCAGUUCUGAGCUUGCUAAGGUAACACAUGAUCUUUCUGUGCAAAUAGAGUCGCCCCUAGUCAUGGCAUUAGACUCAAAUUCAAGCCAACACGGAUGAGAAGUCCUUGAAGUCAAAGGCAUAGGUUGUAUUUCAACAUUGGAAGGGACGCAACUGAAAUAGGGGCUUUGGGGGUGCUCAACCAGAAAAUAUUGGGCAUCAAACACUUAAACCCCUUUUCCACUAAAAGUCGCCUAUUUAAAUAUUUGAAAACCCACAAAAAUAGGCGAUACACUCUGAUACACUCAAAACACUCUACACUCAGCUCUGCAGCAGAUGAGUGUGUGUCAUGUUCAACAUCACAGACAGGCCGGAAAAGGUUGGUACUAGUGUUGCACGGUAUACCGGUACUAAAAUAGUACCGUGGUACUAGAGUAUUCCAAACGGUACUAUACUGCAUUUGGAAAAUACCGGUACUUUUUAAAUUGAUUCAAUUCAUUGAUUUAUUUAAUUCAUUUAUGCACACAAACGCCUUCCUUGUUCCUAUUGGAGCACAUAUUGCGCAAGUGGUGUGUAUGACAACACCUGUAUCAACAUUCGCAGCUGGCGCAUGUGAAAAAAGAGAAGAGAAAGUCUGCCUCGCAAAGGGAGACAACACGAAACAACACCAACUUGGUGGAACAUUUGAGUUACCAAACCGUGACGUCAGUACUGAGGUACUUACCGAACCAUGAUUUUUUGGUACCGUUACACCCCUACUAUUUAUUGUUCUAAAGGUUUGUAUCCAAAAGGACUUUUCCUUAGGAAAAGUACCGAAGAGUAUCGAAAAGUAUCGAAAUUCAUAUUGGUAUUGGUACCGAAACAAAGAUUUUGGUAUCGUGACAACACUAGUUGGUACACAAUAGAAAGCAGCAUAGAAGCCAGUGGAAAUGUUACAGUGGUUACUUCUUUUUAUGUCUUACUUAGUUAGUCUCUAUCUCAAACUCGGUGCAGACUAAUUUGGAAUGAUGUUGGAGCACUGCUAGGGUGGAAACGGACAGUAUCAUGUGGUGGCAGGUCAUUGUAUCACUCUGGUAAGCCAGGGCUGAUAAAUACCUGUGAGUACUGCAGAGUCAUUUGACACGGGUGUGAAUCCCAGUUGUAACCUUUCCCCCUUUCCCAUUACAUACAAAAGCCAGAUGUUAGCAGGUGUUUUGUGCAGUGGGAAAUGAGCUUUAAUUUCCUGCAUUCUGGUGAAGUUAAUGCCCCAUUUGGUGCCAUUUCUUAAUUUUGUCCACUAAAAGUCUUCAGCUUCUUUUAUGUUUUUAUUAAGGGGGAGUAAAUGCACAUGUUAAAAUAUGGAGGGGGAUGUUUCACCUACAUCUAUGCUUAAAAAAAGGAAGCACCUAAGUUUCAUAACAACCAAGCAGCUCUAUCUGCUGAGGAAGAUUGUGUGAAAGCUCCAGAACAGCUUCUGAGUUGGGCUGGUGGUGAGAUUGUUUUGCUGUCAGUUUAUUUAAUUUUUUGUAACUAAAAAAUCUAUAAUUAAUUUCUUGCAUUUUACUUAAGAUUUAAUGUUGUUUGACGAUGUAUUUGCUUUCAGCUAUUUCUGUGGGUGCUUAAAGAGUAAAGUUGUGUAAAGAAAUAAAUAAAUCCAGC